UCGCAAACCUUGCAAUUAAAACAAAUUUGUGUUUAACAGUAUUUGAAUUUCAAAGUUGAUAAAACCGCUGCUAUUCACUCUUUCUCUAAAAACCCUAAUUUAUGCCCUUUUGAUUAUGAAUUUUUUGGAGUUCUGAACAAAUUCAGGAAUCAAUACUGUCGAAGCUAACCCCUGGAGAUUACAACUGAGCAUAGCAUGAGUACCGGAGAUAGAAGCGCACAACCAAUUAGGCGUACAAGGUCCCAGUCGAGAAGAAAUACUGUGCUAAAUGUGGAUCUAAAUGCUGCACCACCAGCUGAGAACAGAGAUCAGGAAGGAGCUCCUAUUCAUGUUGUGUCUGGGGAUACAACACAUGGACUAAGAGGUGCCUCUUUGACACCUGCAGCAAUUGAUGUUGAGGCACUUGAUGAUGAUGUGAUUAUAUCAUCCCCUAGGGCGUUUGCAGCAGCUAAGAACAACGCCAGAAGGAAUCAAGGUCGGGUUAUUGUGCUUGAUGUGGAUUCUGAGGACCGUACGUCUAGGGGUAACAGUCGAGACAAGCGUAGAAGAGCCUCUACAAAUCAAGCAACAAACAAUGGUGAUAUUCACAUUGAUCUAGAAGGACAUAGCUGUCCAAGGAGAGUUGAUCUAAAAAGCGUAAUACCAGCACCACCAAAAGAGCCUACAUUCAGCUGUCCAGUGUGCAUGGGUCCAUUAGUUGAGGAGGUGUCGACUAAAUGUGGUCACAUUUUCUGCAAGGCGUGCAUAAAAGCCUCCAUUGCUGCUCAGGGUAAAUGUCCUACGUGUAGGAGGAAAUUGGCUAUGAAAGACACCAUAAGAGUAUAUCUUCCUACCACAAGCUAAGUCCAAGGAUUUGGCUAUCAGUUACAUGACCUCUGGAGGAAGUGUGACUGUGAGAGUGGAAGGGAAGUAUGACUGGAAAUACUUUUAUUAAGUUUUAGGUCACAAUUAAUGAUGUACUCUUCAAGUUUGUGCCUUAAGAUGGUGUAAUUAGCAAAUGGAUUAAAGUUAUAUGCAUUGACAACUUUUUUCACAUCAUUAGUGUAAAAUACCUUGAGGAAAUUCUAUGAACCAUUCAGCAAGCACCUGCCUA